AUGGCUGAAAAAUUGAGUGAAUUUAUGGGGAAUACCAGUGACAACUUGUACCAUAUUUUAGGAAUACAAGCUGACAAUGAUGAUUAUGCUUCUAUCUCUGUUAAAGAUUUGAAAAAAGCCUACUACAAACAAGCCCUCAUAUAUCAUCCGGAUAAAUUCAAUAAAAAUGAAGGAAACACCAAAAUUGAGGAUAGUGAUAAAGUGAAGAAAUUUGAUUUGAUUUUGAAGUCUUAUAAUAUAUUAACCCAAAACGACUUAAAAUUGAAGUAUGAUCAACAUCUAAAGCACAAAUCUGAUUUGGAAAAAGAAAAAAAAUAUAUUUUUGUGAAAAAUAAAGAGAAAAUAGAAACCUUGUUGAAUAAUGAGAAUUUAUUUAAAAAUAUCAAUGGUGAAAUUCCCAAGAAAAGAAAAAUUGAGAUUCUUAAAAGAGAAGGGUAUUUGAAAAGAGUUGAAAGGGAAACUUCUUUACUUUCCAGCCAGCAGAAGCAGAAUGACAAUGACCACUGUAUCUACAAGGGAAGCGAUCCUCAAUUAAAAACAGUAAUUAUCACACUUGAAUCCUCUGUUGCAAACAAAUUAUCUCACAAUAGCAAAGAGAAUGUGAGUGAAAUCCUUCAUUCUGUGCUCUCGAACUACGGCCUGAUCGAUUCACUCGACCGAACAUCGGACUCUCUUUACGAAUAUCGAGUGGUGUUCCACCAUAUCAGCGAGGUCCACCAGUUUGUGCUCCAAUACAGGUCUAACAUAAUUCUCUCCAGGCUCGUCAAGUCCUGCUCCCACCACCUCUCCAACAGCACUCCCUCCAAGCCCAACCUCUCCUUCUACGACUACUCCCAGUUGACCCUCCUCAAACUCGCUGGUCUUCACAUGCCAGCGUAG